AGUGCCCAGGACAACAGGUGCGGGUUUCCCAGCAGGUCAGGCAAGCGCCCAGGGCUUGUGCCGUCUCCUCCUGAUGUCUGUAGAGGUAGCUAUGUGUGACUCUAACAUUGGCAAUGCCAAGGCGAAGGAGCCGAGCACGGGUGACAGGUGGCGGGUGUCCUGGUACGAGCGGCUGGUGCAGCCCUGCCUGGCUGAGCUGCUGGGCUCUGCCCUCUUCAUCUUCAUCGGCUGCCUGUCUGUCAUCGAGAAUGGGACAGACACAGGGGUGCUGCAGCCAGCCCUGGCCCACGGGCUGGCCCUGGGGAUCAUCAUUGCCACACUAGGGAACAUCAGUGGGGGACACUUUAACCCUGCGGUGUCCCUGGCGGCCAUGCUGAGUGGAGGCCUCACCCUGAUGAUGCUCGUUCCCUACUGGAUCUCCCAGCUGCUCGGGGGGCUGAUCGGGGCUGCCCUGGCCAAGGCAGUGAGUACUGAGGAGAGGUUCUGGAAUGCAACUGGGGCAGCCUUUGUGACAGUCCAGGAGGAGGGGCAGAUGGCAGGAGCAUUGGUGGCAGAGAUCAUCCUGACGAUGCUGCUGGCCCUGGCCGUGUGCAUGGGAGCCAUCAAUGAGAGGACCAAGAGCCCUCUGGCCCCAUUCUCCAUCGGCUUUUCUGUCACUGUGGACAUCCUGGCAGGGGGUAAUGUGUCUGGAGCCUGCAUGAACCCUGCCCGUGCCUUUGGACCUGCGGUGAUGGCCAACCACUGGGGCUUCCACUGGAUCUACUGGGUGGGCCCAUUCCUGGCUGCCCUGCUGGUGGGACUGUUCAUUAGGUUCUUCAUUGGAGAUGGGAAAACCCGCUUAAUCCUGAAGGGACGGUGAAGCUGAGCUGGUGGGAUCCCUGCUGCUACUGCUGCCCUCACCUGAACCAUCCUCUA